ACAAGCUAGAGUGCAUGAUGGCGGCGUCGCUGCUGCGUCGGGACAAGAGAGCUACUGCCGCUUACUUGAAGGCAGACCUAACCCGGACUGACAACAGCUCCGGGCUCCAACAGCUCCAGGAGCUGCUCGACGCCGUGCUAAAUCCCGAAAAGACAGCAGCGGACACCGAAGCUCUUGACUGGUGUAAAUGUCUGAUUGCAGGGGGCGAGGGUUUCGAGGAGUUCUGUAAGACGGUCCGCUCCUUUGACAACGCGACGCUGUGCGGCUUGGUCUGGACGGCGAAUUUCGUAGCAUAUCGAUGCCGGACCUGUGGCAUCUCUCCGUGCAUGUCACUGUGUGCGGAGUGUUUUAAUAAUGGCGAACACACGGGCCAUGAUUUCAACAUGUUCAGGAGCCAGGCUGGCGGGGCCUGUGACUGUGGAGACAGUAAUGUCAUGAGAGACAGCGGGUUUUGUCUGAGGCAUAGGUUAAGAACUGGGGAAAAUGUUCCCUCAAUACCUCGAGAUCUUCUCCUGAUGUCUGAGGUGGUUCUCCCUCGUUUUAUCCUGUGCAUCAUACAGUAUCUAAGAGAUGGAUACACUGAAGCAGACACAUCAGCUGAGAGAGAUCUACAGAAAGUUCUACAACAACUCGAGCCUCAGAUCUCCUUCUUGGAGGAUCUCACAAAGAUGGGAGGAGCAAUGAGGACCGUACUGACAAAGAUCUUGACCAAUCAGCAAUUGUACAAGGAGUUGAGCAUGGGCCAAGAAGAUAAUGUUUAUGCUAAAAAGAACUACGACAAGUAUUUGUCAGCCUUGAAGAAUUCAGGUCUGGUUUCUGUGGAGGAGAAAACCCAAACUGUUGCUGCUGACGUUGCUGUUGGAGCUGAAGGAGGUGCAGGAGCAGUGGUCCUGCUGGGAACAACUGGACCAGGAAGCCCAGAUGAAUCUACUAAAGAGGAGGAUCAAGAUGGAGGGCAGUCUGUUGGUCAGAGGAAAAGGGUAAAGCUGAGCAGCAGUACCAAAGACCCAUUAAUUAUUGAAUCACUAAAGCAUAAAUGCUUUCUGGAAGAGUUGUUGUUUUGGACAAUAAAGUUUGAGUUCCCYCAGAAAAUGGUCACAUUCUUAUUAAACAUGUUGCCUGAUCAAGAUUACAAGAUUACAUUCACAAAAACAUUUGUUCAGCAUUACGCCUUCAUUAUGAAAACGCUGAUGAAAAGCCACGAGUCGGACACCAUGUCCAACCGCAUCGUGCACAUCAGCGUGCAGCUGUUCAGCAACGAGGAGCUGGCUCGACACAUGACGGAGGAGUGUCAUCUCCUGGACAUCAUGGUCAUGGUCCUCCACUACAUGAUGGAAAGUUGCCUUGUUAAAAGUGAACUUCAGGAUGAAGAGAACAAUCGACAUGUUGUGGUAAACUGCAGUGAAGCGCUUUUGAAGAACAAUACUUAUUGGCCACUCGUUAGUGAUUUUAUCAAUAUCCUGUCACACCAAAGUGUAGCUAAAAAGUUCCUGGAGGACCACUCGUUACUGAUGCUUUGGAUGACCUUUGUUUCAUUUUUUCAAGGUAUGAACCUGAAUAAGCGGGAGUUGAUUGAACACGUGGAGUUUGAAUCUCAGACAUACUAUGCAGCAUUUGCAGCAGAGCUUGAAGCCUGUGCACAACCCAUGUGGGGUCUCUUAACACACUGCAAAGUCAAAGAAACACAGGAAUAUACAAAAACAGUAGUUCGCUACUGUUUGGAGGCCCUGCAGAUUUGGUUUGAUGCCAUUGGCUUCAUUGAUGAGCCUGCUCAAAAUCAAGUGACGUUUCACCUGCCACUCCAUCGCUAUUAUGCCAUGUUCCUCAGCAGGGCUGUAAAAUGCCAAGGCUUGGAUUUGGAUAGCCUCCUACCUGACCAAGAGAUGCUGAUGAAGAUCAUGGUCCAUCCUCUCCAAAUCCAGGCAUAUCUGUCAGAGAUCCACAGCAAUAUGUGGGUCAGGAACGGKCUCCAGAUAAAAGGACAAGCCAUGACUUACGUGCAAUCACACUUCUGCAACUCCAUGAUUGAUCCAGACAUCUAUCUGCUCCAGGUUUGCGCAUCAAGACUAGAUCCUGACUACUUUAUUUCAAGUGUAUUUGAGAGAUUUAAAGUAGUUGACCUCUUGACGAUGGCUUCUCAGCACCAGAAUGCUGUGUUAGAAUCUGAGCAAGAAAGGCCAAUGCUGGAAGGAGCGCUGACCUUUUUGGUCAUUCUGACGAGCCUCCGCAUUCAUCUAGGAAUGACAGAUGAUGAAAUCCUUCGAUCUGAGAUGGUCUCGCAGUUGUGCAUGAAUGACCGCACACACAGUGCCCUGCUAGACCUUAUUCCUGAAAAUCCCAACCCAAAAAGUGGCAUUGUACCGGGAAGUUGUAGUUUUGAAGAUGUGCUAUCUGCUGUGGCAGAUUUUAAAGCUCCUGUGUUUGAGCCGGGAGGCUCCAUGCAGCAGGGAAUGUACACACCCAAAGCCGAGGUGUGGGAGAAGGAGUUCGACCCCAUCAUGGUCGUUCUCAGAACGGUCUAUCGCCGUGAUGUUCAGUCAGCAAUGGACAGAUACUCAGCCUUUUUGAAGCAGUAUGGAAUUCAUACUGGCAACCCAUGGCCACCUUACAAGGAGAGGACUCCUCUACAUCCCUGUUAUAAAGGUUUAAUCCGGCUGUUGCACUGCAAGACUCUGCACAUCGUGAUAUUUACUCUCCUUUACAAGAUCUGGAUGGAUCACCAGAACAUGUCUGAACAYGUGCUGUGCAUGGUGCUGUACCUGAUUGAGUUGGGCUUGGACAACCAGGUUCAGGACAGCAAGGAGGAUGAGGAGCCCUGCAUUGAGGAGCACUGUCAUGACAGCUGGUUCCCAGGAACCAACCUUCUCUCCAACCUGCACCACGUCAUAAACUUUGUGAGAGUCCGGGUUCCAGAGACAGCUCCUGAAGUGAAGAGGGAGCCUCCUCCCAGCACAAGCACUGAAGCUUCUUCUUAUGGCCAGAACCUACGAGAAGCUCAGGUGUUCAGCCUCGUGGCAGAACGAAGGAGAAAGUUCCAGGAGAUAAUCAACCGAAACAACACCGAGGCCACUCAGGCUGUGAGGCCCAAGAGCUCCUCAACAGGCUGGGGUUCACCGGCCGCAGCGCCCCAGCUGGUCACCGAGAUCCUGGAGAUCCGAGAAAGCAUGCUGUCCCUCCUCAUCAAGCUUCACCAGAAGAUGUCGUCCAAGCAGAACUCUCUGUCGGCGUCCUGGCUCGAGGACACGGACAUGAGCCGCCACGCUCACGGAGACGGCAUCACAGCCAUCGAGCGCAUCCUCACCAAGGCGGCCACACGCAGCUGCCAAAUCAAGCGCAGCAUCCAGGACGUUUGUGGAAAGGUUUGUCCUCCAGUGCCACCAAAGAAGAAUAGUCCCACAGACAAGAAAACUAUGGACAAAGAAGAAAGACGUCAGAGAGCUCGAGAGAGGCAGCAGAAACUGCUUGCUGAGUUUGCAUCAAGACAGAAGAGUUUCAUGGAAACAGCCAUGGAUGUUGAAUCUCCAGAGACUGAGGCAGCCAUGGAUUUAGGAUCGACUGAAGUGAUGGAGUCUGAGGUUCUGUAUGACUGUGUCAUCUGUGGACAGAGUGGACCCUCCACUGAGGAGAGACCCACAGGCUUAGUGGUUCUCCUCCAGGCGUCUUCAGUUCUUGGACACCGCUGCAAAAGUAAACAACCUAAAAAUUUACCUACAAGUGAUGAAGAGCAUAUAUACUCUGCAGACACAUGCGGCGUUGCUAAUGACGUCAGGCUCACACUGAUGCAGCAGUUCUUCAAAGACAGCUCUUGUCUUCAGUCUUUGUCAAUCGGCUGGGAUGGAGGCGUCUAUGUCCAAACCUGUGGACACACUUUGCAUAUAGAUUGCCAUAAGUCCUACAUGGAGUCUCUGCGGAAUGACCAGGUCCUCCAGGGUUUCUCUGUUGACAAGGGUGAAUUUACAUGCCCACUGUGCCGACAAUUCGCCAAUAGUGUCCUUCCAUGUCGCCCCGGUCGUGGUACAGAAGCCAACACAUGGCGCACACCCACAAACAAAACGACAACUGUACUUGUUAAAGAGGUGGAGGAGCUACAGGAGAAACUUGGUCUCUUUCCAACUGAGUCCAACUUGAGUAAAGAGAUGGAGUUGGUGAUUAAAGACAUCAAGAACACCACGCAGAAAAAAUACAUGGACUAUGGCAAGAACCCAGGUUCCCCUGACAACGACUUCCUCUUCAUGUAUUCAGUGGCGAGGACCAACUUGGAGCUGGAACUGGUGCAUCGAGGAGGAAACUUGUGCUCUGGCGGUGCCAGUGCGGCUGCUAAACGCUCAUGUCUGAAUCAGCUGUUCCACGUGUUGGCCAUGCACAUGCGUCUUUACAGCAUUGAUUCAGCCUACAACCCAUGGACAAAGUUGACUCAGGCUGCGAAAAAUAGGGAGAUGGAUGGCUUUGACGAAGAGCGACCCGAGGUCCCCAUGCUGUUUCGAGAUGUCCCAUCUGUCCUCAUUAUCUUUGUUCUAACUAUGCCUCAACCUCUGCGCAAAGAACAUUUUACCUGUGUGGUCAAGAUGUUGUACAACCUGCAGUUCACUCAGGCUUUGGCUGCAAUUUCAACCAAGCUCAGCUCUGAGGAGAGACAGGCCUGGCUCACUUCUGGAGCACUUCAGAAGAACGCCUCAAAUUCUGAAAAGUCUUUGGACGCGUUGCUCAGUCACGUUAUCAGCGAACUCUCAAAGGACGAGAGCGUUUACAAGGUGAACUCUGAAGAAUCAACAAUGCUGAGCUCCAGUGUGUGGUCCCCACAGUCUAUUGAGUUCAGCAUCCAGCAGUUCUGCCUGCCCUUCCUUCGCCUCUCCUGCCUCCUGCAGCACCACCUUUAUGGAGACACUCUAACUGGCUGUYUGGAUGAAGAGGAGUUUUCAUCCUUGGCUGUGUGUGUGGGGCUGCUGCCCUCAGCCCCUCAGCCUUCCAGUGCCGUGCACAGUGCCUCAUGUCUGGACUGGCCCGUCAGCGCCUUCGACUUGGUGACACAGUGGGUGGCUGAGCUCACAGAGCUAACUCAGAUGCAUCCUGAGCAAUCACUGACCUUGCUGGUCCAGGAUCCUCAGUGGGCAGCCCCUCGCCUUCUCCAGCUACCUGACAACUAUAAUAUCAUCUUCCAGUACUAUCACAGAAAGGCCUGCACUGUCUGCAAAAAAGUGCCAAAAGACCCUGCACUCUGCCUUGUUUGUGGUGCGUUUGUGUGUCUGAAAGGCGUGUGCUGCAAACAGCAGGGAACCUGUGAAUGUGUUUUGCACUCCCAACAUUGUGGCGCAGCUACAGGCAUCUUUCUGCUGAUUAACGCCUCAGUCAUCAUCAUCAUCCGUGGACACCGUUUCUGUCUGUGGGGCUCUGUUUACCUGGACGCUCACGGAGAAGAAGAUCGUGAUUUACGCCGCGGCAAGCCGCUUUUCUUAUGUGAAGAGAGAUAUCGAGUGUUGGAGCAGCAGUGGGUUUCUCACACCUUCGAUCACAUCAAUAAGCGGUGGGGACCUCACUAUAAUGGACUCUGAGAUCUUCCAAAGUUCAUUUAAAAACAAACAACAACAAAAAACACAACCCAAGAUGGAGUCUUUUUUUUAUUAUUAUCAUUGUUAUUAUUGACAUUAUUAUUUUCUCGUGUCCGCCUUGAUCCAAAUAUUUGAGAAGUUUUAACUUAAUAAACUCAAAGAUCCGAUAAGGCUUUGGUUUAUGUGACUUUUGAUGUACAGUCCUGCCUAAAAGAAGUUUUCACGUGAUUUCUUGUGUAGUUUUCAACAGGGAAAAGCACAAUAUAGUGGGUUUGAAGAAGAGAGAGAAAAAAAGCACAACUUUACUCAGUUACUCAAUUGGCUUCACUUGGAACAGGCUUUAAAAGAUGUCAUUUUAAUUUUGGGUUACAGAAACAGAAAUAUAAGUCAACCGUUGAGAGUUCCUGCAGAGUUGUUUACUUUUUUUUUGCACUGUUUCUGAUCAUAUAACAAACAGCAUAUCCCUUUUAUUUAUCAAAUCAUGUUCUGCUGUGCUGGCGUGAGUUUUAAGAUCCUGACGAGGGCGGCAGUGUUUUGUUUUUUUUUUUGUUGUUUUGUUUUGUUGUUUUUUUUGUAAUCUGCACUCGUCGUCUGUCGAAACGUGAUGGUGAGCAAGACCAAGUCGACGCAUGAGAGCUUUCUUUUUGCAAACAACCAAAGACUCUUUCUGGGUCUAGUUGCAAUCCGUUUAAAGUAUGUUUUAGAUAUUUAAAUAAAUGCUGCUGCUCAUUGUUAAAAUAAAUAAUUUUAGUUUGUUUGUGCUUUUUUUCCCCUAAUAUUGUUCUUUGAGUUUACAGUAGAAGGCUGGGAAUGUUAAACUCUAAUGUUUAAGGAAGUUGCCACAUUGCCCCCCACCCUCCCAGACCAUGUAAUCCCACUUUUUUUCUGCUUUACUUGUUUGUCUUUGUUGGGUGUGACAAAGAAACUGAAGUGACAGCUUUGAAACCGCUACAGUACUUCACUUAAAUUAGGAUUCAGCUGAAAUUUGAGCGAAAUGCCACUGCUCACACCUGGUUGCUGCUUCACUGAGCGCCACGCCUGAACAAAAAGGUUACACCAAGUUUGUCGGAGUCUCCUCAAGAUAUGAAAAUCAGUGAAACUAAAGUUUCUUUCCUGUGAGAAGAAAUUACUCUUUACUGUCCUUUCUGGGCUGUAACAAAGAUUUCCUUUUAUGCCUUUUAUCAAGUUCUGAUGACAGUACGGAACAAUGUAUAUCAUUAUUAUUUUACUCAUCUAGUUAUUAUUAGUUGCAUUCCGGCGUUACAGGAUUAUCARACAGAAGUAUCCGUUUUACACUGUGCACGGCAUCCUUCAACUUCAUUUUCUGGUCAUUUUCUUUCUAUUUAGGAGAGAGGAAAUUUCAUUCAGUUGUGCCUGCAAAAAUGGUUCAUAUUUAUUAUGUUUGGAGGGAAUAAGUGUAGUUUUGAAAUGCUGGGCCACAUUGUGCUGCAUUGAGAAAUCAGAGUAACUCAACACUUGAGAACUUCCUUUUGAUUUUGAGCCUCUGUUUUGUUUUUGCUUUUUUCAGUUUACCAGGUUUUUUUUCUGUUUCUUUUCGUUUUUUGUAGUUUCCCACUUUGUAAAUGUUUGCAGCCAAGCAGCCAGUGAGUAACGGGUGUCAGAGAGCUUCUGUGUGUUUUCCUGUGUGAAUGAAGACAGAAUACAGUACAUUACUGUAGGUGCUGACUCAAACUUUGAGUUUGACCAGGGGUUAUGAUGCAAAAUGUAACAUAAGUGAAUAAAACAUAAGCACACUGA